ACAAGUUACACUUUAAGCCCCGCCCUUAUUAUGUCUCAUCCGACUCGGAUUCGCUAAAACUCCAACAUGGGCGUGGCGUCGUCAACACAAGCAAGUCCCGCCUUUAGCACGUUCAUCGACUCCAAUUCGCCAAAAUACAGAUGCAGGCGUGGUCUAGCAGAAACAUCCAUGAAAACAAGUGGCCUCAGAAUCCCGCCCACCUAAGCCUCAGCGUCCAGUCUCAUUCGCUAAGAGUCGGAUAUGGGCGGGGCUUAUCAGAGCGCUGAUAAAAACAAGUAACAUUUGCAGCUCCUCAAGCCACACCCACUAGUGUUGGACGAUACGGCUGAUUUUUAUCAUUAUCCAUCCAGUAUUAUUAGAUAACACCAAGACGAUUCGCGAUACCGAUAUCUUUAGAAAACAUAUUUUAUCUGUAAAGGCAUUGUUUGUGAGGCAAGUAAUAAAUAAUAAACACUAAAUGCUGUCAUUGAAAAAAUAAAAUAAAUGCUACCAAGCUGACCAAUCAGUGUCUCAGUCUGAGUUUCUCAGAUUAUUCAAAAACUUAUCAAACACAGUUAGUCAUUUCUUGUGUAUAUUGUCACACUGCUGUUGAUGUUUACAUGGAGCAUCAUGUCUCAGAGAUAAUAUAGAAACGAUAAUAAUGAUAAUAGCCAGAACUAGUAGCAUAGCUGCUGUUAUAGAAGAAUGGAUCAAUGCCUUCUGACCAACAGUGAGCUGAGAAAGCCAACCACCAAUCAUCAGCGUGUGCUGUGCUGUAAGAGGACACUGCUGUUAGAAACCCGGCUUCAUCACACGGCCCAGACGUCCAACCCGACGCUGACCUCUGAUGUCUAAACAUAACUUUAAGUCAUAUAACAAAGUUCAGGCUUUAUCUCCCCCUGCAUGAUUUCCUUUAUAUCACACAUCCACAUGUAACAGUAGGUAAUGUACACACACAUAACUGUAAAAGGACUUUGACCGGUUCACGCAGCAGUCAAGGGCUUUUGUUGACAUCUGAUUUGAUUGCUUAGAUCCAACUGACUGGAAAUCUGUCUGACUUUCUUCUCUCUCUACGUCCUCUGUUUUUUUUUCCGUUUCUUUUUUCUCCACGUGAUGGAUCUGUCACCUCUGGGAAGGCGUGCGGGCGAGAAAGACAGCGUGAACAUCCCAGGGCCGACUUUGACCUUCCAGAACAUCUCUUAUGUUGUGAGAGAGACCCGGGGGCCGUGCCGCAAGAGAGCACCCGAGAGAGAGAUCCUGAAAGAUGUCAGUGGCAUCAUGAGGACGGGACUGAACGCCAUCAUGGGGGCGACAGGAAGUGGCAAAACCUCGCUUUUGGACGUGAUCUCCGGCAGGAAGGAUCCUCGUGGUUUACGGUCAGGUCAGGUCUUGGUGGAUAACAAAGUGGUCACUUCUGACCUGCGUCUCAUCUCAGCUUACGUUGUUCAGGACGAUAUCCUGAUGGGAACCCUGUCCGUCCGAGAGAACCUCAUGUUCUCGGGACAGUUGCGUCUGCCACGUCAUCAAUACUCCAGCGCUGAGAUAGAAAAGAAAGUGGCGAGUGUUAUCAGUGAGCUGGGCCUGGAGGACUGCGCAGACACCAAGAUCGGGACGGAGUUUCUGAGGGGCGUGUCCGGUGGAGAGAGGAAGCGCUGCAGUAUAGGAAUGGAGCUCAUGACGUCUCCGUCGCUCCUGUUCCUGGACGAACCGACCACUGGACUGGACUCUAACACAGCCAACAGCAUCAUAGCUCUGCUGCACAGACUCUCCCGCAGCAGCAGGACCAUCAUUUUCUCCAUCCACCAGCCACGUUACUCCAUCUUCAGGUUGUUUGACCACCUGACCCUCCUCUACAAGGGAGAGUGCGUCUAUGCCGGACCUGCUAAUCAUGCUAUUCAGUACUUUAAUGACCUGGGUUAUGAGUGUGAAGCCUUUAACAAUCCUGCAGAUUUCUUCCUGGACGUGACGAACGGUGAAGUUUCUGCUUCAGUGACCUCAGAUAAAUCCCUAGCAGAGCUCUAUAGACAUUCCCAGGAUUGUGCUGCACUCACAGAGGAGCUGAAGCAAAUCAGCGUCCAGUCAGAUUACAUAACCACAUCCAAACGGUCAACACCAUCUUAUGUGACACCGUUCUUCCAUCAGUUAAAUAUGCUGUCCAGGAGGACGGCUCUGAACUUGUUGAGGAAUCCUCAGACCUCCUAUGCCCAGAUGGCGUUGAACAUCCUGUUUGGAGUGAUGGUGGGACUCAUUUACUUUCAGAUGCCUCACACGCUACCUGAGGGGCUGCAGAACAGAACCGGAGCAUUCUUCUUCCUCAUCAUUAACAUGGUGUUUGCGAACCUGUCAGCGGUGGAGCUCUUCAUUAACGAGAGAGCGCUGUUCGUGCAUGAGAACUCCAGUGGCUAUUACCGAACCUCUGUGUACUUCCUGUCUAAAGUGUUUGUAGAUCUAAUCCCAAACCGUUUGAUUCCCAUCUUUGUUUUCUCUGCAAUCUCCUACUACAUGAUGGGGCUGAAGCCAGCGUUUGUAGCCUUUCUGUGUUUCGCACUGACCAUGUCUCUGGUGAGUCUAGCAGCGGUCAGUCUGGCCUUCCUGGCUAGCGCCAGUGUGAGCUCCUUCGCCAUGGCCAACGUUCUCAUCGCGCUGCCCUUCGUCUUUAUGAUGGUCUUUGGUGGAUUCCUGGUAAACCUGAACUCCAUGCUGAACUGGCUGUCCUGGCUCAAGUGGGUCAGCAUCUUCAGAUACGGACUGAACGCCAUAACCAUCAAUGAGAUGACAGGACAGGUGUUUUACACUAACAAUACCAGAUUUCCAGGAGAGCUGUAUCUUCAGGCUCAGAGAAUCGACUACAGCGCCUGGGGCUUCUGGCAGAAUCAGGUGGCUCUGCUGGGCAUCAUGCUGGUGUGUAUGACGCUGGCCUACGUGCAGCUCCUCAGGAUUAAACGCUGGAAGUGACGGAAUUACGCCAAAAACGAGGAAAAGUAGGAAUGAAUCUGUAAUCACGUAUGACUAAAGAAAUUGUGAAUCACAUUGUGAAUUCCCAUCUUCAUCUGAUGGUCUGGUCUGAUGACGAGCAACAACGUGACAUUUUUACACAAUCGCUUUACAUCAGUCAGUUUCUUCAAUCAAAAUAGUUUUUAUUUUUGUAAUUUUUUUUUCUGAAUAAUUUCUUUUUAUAAAAUAAUUUCAAUUAUUUUAUUUAUUAUGUUUAAAAAAGUACAAAGAUCUGUAAGCCUCUUCAACAAAAAGAAAAUGAAACAGGUAUUAUCAUUAGGCUCGA